UACAUAAAGCUGACAAUUCAGUCCCAAUCCAACCACUCUCUCUCUCUAUAACCUCCAUCUUCUUCUUCCUCCUCCUCCAUAUACCUCUCUCUCUCUCUAUCUACAGUCUUCCUUCAAUGGAAGACUUGACCUCUGGUUCGAAGCGACGCCGUUUAGUCGACUCCAUGAACGACCAAAGCCAACAGCAAUCUCUUCUUACAGGCCUACCAGAUGACGUUGCACAGCUUUGUCUAGCUAGGGUUCAUCCAUCAAAUCUCUACUCCGUCUGCCGUUCAUGGCGCCGGCUAAUCUACUCACCUUCUUUCCCUCCAUUCCUAUCUCUAUACGCCGUUAUGCGUUCCACUUCCAACUCCGAUCCAACUCAAUUUCACGAUUCCAUCGAUUUCUUCUCUUUUGAUCCGAUCUCUUCUCAUUGGCAAACCCUGCCAUCUCCUCCACCUAUCCAUUUCGUCCUCCGUCAUCCCUCCUUCAUUUCACGUAACCUUCCAAUCCAAUCAGUCACCGUAUCAGGCCGUCUCGUACUAAUCGCCGCCACAGCCCAUCAAUUCCUCCCCGCUCUUCCCAAUCCGAUCGUCUUCGACCCGUUAACUCAAACCUGGGAUUUCGGCCCGCCGCUGACCGCACCUCGUCGGUGGUGCGCCACCGGAGUGUCCGGCGGCGCUGUGUAUGUAGCGAGUGGUAUAGGAUCUCACUAUAACUCUGAAAUUGCUAGGUCAGUCGAGAAGUGGGACUUGCAAAACGGGAAGAAUCGUGGGCGGCGUGGAUUGAAUUGGGAGAAAUUGGGGAUUCUUAAAGAUGGGAAGUUUAGUAGAGAAGCUAUUGAUGCUGUUGGAUGGAGAAAGAAGCUUUAUAUGGUGAACGUGAAAGGAAUCGCAGCUAAAGAAGGAGUUGUUUAUGACGUUGAAAAUGAUCGAUGGGAAGAGAUGCCUGAUGGGAUGAUCUGUGGAUGGAGAGGGCCGGCUGCCGCCAUGGAUGAAGAAACAAUCUUUGUAGUGGACGAGGCAAAGGGAAUACUAAGGAGAUAUGAAGGGGAAAGUGAUUCGUGGGCAGAUGUAUAUUUAGACGAGAGACUAAAGCAAGCCGAACAAAUGACUGCAGCCAGCGGGAGAGUUUGUGUGGUUUGCGGGGACGGUGGGAUUUUGGUUGUGGAUGUGUUGGAAAGCCCGGUUACCUCGUGGAUUGUCGAAUCUCCUGUUGGUUAUCAACCAGUGUCCCUUCAUAUACUGCCGAGGAUGAGUAAUAUUUGAUAUCUUAUAUUCAUUGUAAUGAGAUUAAAUUGCUCACAAAAUAGCGUUUUACAAUCAUUAUUCAAUACACAAUCAUAUUAAAGCAA